AUGGAAAGCAGAGAGGAGAUGGGAAUGCCGGCAGAGGGAGGUCAGCUUGGCAAGAGCAGCUCCAAUUUGUCAGGAGCCAUCGGCGGCUCCGCGCAGGGGAAGCCCGGGCACAGGAGCUGCCUGAGCCCCGGCGCUGCGCCCUACUCCCGCAGAGCGGAGGUGGUGAUGGAGGAGAACGCACCGAGGAAUAUAUGCGCAGAUAUAAGGCCGGUCGGCAGGUCUUCCUCCGGAGAAAGACACAGAGGGGAUCAUCCCCAUAAAGACGGCAGCAGCUCGGACACCGAGUCGGACUUCUAUGAGGAAAUUGACGUCAGCUGCACGCCUGAAAGCAUGGACUACCCGAUAGCUAAAGGUCGAAAUGGGGAUUCUCCGGGUCACCCAAGUGAGAAUGGUGCCGACCCGGGUAACAUCGCCCAGGGUCCGGGCUCUCUGUCCUAUGCCGCUGAUCAGAUUCGCCGGUACCGGACAGCGUUCACCCGCGAGCAGAUCGCGCGGCUGGAGAAGGAAUUUUACCGGGAGAACUACGUGUCCAGGCCGCGGAGAUGCGAACUGGCGGCCGCCUUGAAUCUGCCUGAAACCACCAUCAAGGUGUGGUUUCAGAAUCGCAGGAUGAAAGACAAGCGUCAGCGUCUGGCCAUGACUUGGCCUCACCCUGCUGACCCGGCCUUUUACACCUACAUGAUGAGCCACGCGGCCGCCACGGGGAACCUGCCCUACCCCUUCCCAUCCCACCUGCCGCUACCUUACUACUCCCACCUGGGUGUCGGAGCCGGCUCGUCUCCGGCAGGCACCCCUUUCUCCAACCCCCUGCGCUCCCUCGACAGCUUCCGGAUGCUGUCUCACCCCUACCAGAGGCCGGAGCUCCUGUGCGCCUUCAGACAUCCCUCCCUGUACCCGGGCCCAACCCACGGCCUCGGUCCUGGGGGAAGCCCCUGUACCUGCUUGGCCUGUCACUCAAGCCAGUCCAACGGCAUCUCAACCAGGCCCACCGCCUCGGACUUCGCUUGCUCCCCAACAAGCAGGACUGAAGCUUUUGUCACUUUCACGCCGUCGGUGCUCAGCAAAUCCUCACCUGUGACUUUAGACCAGAGGGAAGAAGUGCCUCUGACCAGAUAA